AUGGCGGGUAAAAUGGUAUUGUACAAAUUGGUGGUGCUGGGAGAUGGUGGUGUCGGGAAGACUGCAUUAACGAUUCAACUAUGUCUGCAACACUUUGUUGAGACGUACGACCCCACGAUUGAGGAUUCGUAUCGAAAACAAGUCGUUAUAGACAGCCAAGCAUGCAUGCUGGAGGUAUUGGACACAGCAGGUCAGGAAGAAUACACAGCCUUGCGAGAUCAAUGGAUCAGAGACGGUGAAGGGUUUGUGCUGGUGUACAGCAUCUCCUCCCGGUCGUCCUUCUCGCGCAUCAAGCGAUUCCACCACCAGAUCCAACGAGUGAAGGAAUCCGUCCAAGCUUCGCCAACAUACCCUGGUUCGCCAAUGACCGCCGCAGCACCCUCACAAAACGUGCCCAUCAUGCUUGUUGGGAACAAAAGUGAUCGGGUGACGGAGCGAGAAGUGUCGACACAAGAAGGGCAUGCCCUCGCGAGAGAACUGGGAUGCGAGUUUGUCGAGGCCUCUGCUAAGAACUGCAUAAAUGUUGAGAAAGCUUUCUACGACGUGGUUAGGAUACUCCGACGCCAACGACAAGCCGCAUCGAGACCAACGCAACAACCGAGGACCAGCACACGGCCUCAGAAUGGCGACGCUCACCGCCGGGAAGGCAACAGCACACGAUACAGGCGCGACAAGAGCCGCUGUGUAAUAUUAUAA